GCAAUCUAGCUAGGACUUGUUGAUGAAUGAAUAACAUAACAAAGAAUACUGCUAACCGUAUUUAUCUAGUGAAUAGCAUAAUCUACGAUAGAAGCUAAUAAUUGUCAUCAUUAAGGACACUAUUUGCACCACCCUCCCUAUUUACCCAAUUCAACUGAUAAGAUUGAAAGAUGUACCACAAAGAGAAGAGCAUCCAGAUCAAAAGCAGUGCAUCUGCGCUGUACAACAACCUGAGUGUGCUGCGCAUAGCCCCACGGAGCUUGACCUAUUUCACAGUGGUACACGCCAACAUGGUCAACAUGGUCAGUGCUUCUUGGGAUGGACUCAACUACUCCCAUCGCCAGCUGCAGUCCAAAGAGGCCAACGUCACUACCAGCUCCUCCCUCAUCAUGCAGGCAGCCUGGUGUGUCCUCCCAUCACGUGACAUCCUAGUGCUCACUUCUCAGAAAGGCAUCCAGAUGUAUGAGUCGGAUGGAUCCAUAAUGGUGUACUGGCACGCACUGGAAACGCCUGAGACCCCAACAGCUCAGGCAGUGUUUGCUCGAGGGAUUGCAGCAGUGCGGGAAAAAUACAUCUGUGUGGGCAUCUCGUCUGGCUCUAUGCUGGUGUUUGACGUCCCAAGUAAAGGCAGUAACAUCACCCUCUCAGAGGUGCUGGAGGAGCACAAGGAGUCCAUCACGGAUAUGGCCUCAGAAUGCUCCGGAAGCCUGGAGUGCAUAGCAGACAUGGUGAGUGCUGACGACUCUGGCAACCUCUGUGUGUGGAAGUCAGGAGAGGACUUCCAGCUGCUCAACAAGAUCCCUGGUUUUGAUAUGAGCUGCUCCUCAGUGAAGCUGUGGAAGGGCACCGUGGUGGCAGGCUAUGGCACAGGGCAGAUCCGUCUCUACGAGGCCGUGACGGGGAUCGUCCACGCAGAGGUCAACGCCCACGCACGCUGGAUCUACUCCUUGGACAUCGCCCCCUUCUCUGGCCUGCUUCUGUCUGCUGCUGAGGACUCUCUGGUGAGAGUGUGGCAUCUGACGAUGACCCCAGAGACUAACAGUGUGGAGAUCGUGCACAUGUAUAACGAGUGUGUGACAGACACCCAGAUUUGCGGGGCUAAGUUCUGCGAUGGGGACGGCUACGCCUUCGCUGUGACGGGCUAUGACCUGAGUGAGAUCAUCCGCUACACACAGGCCUAAGAGCACUAGCACGCACCAUGGGAGAUAUGCAUGUGUGUGUGUGUGUGUGUGUGUGUGUGUGUGUGUGAGGUUGACAUGUGAACGGAGUGUGUCAGCUCAGCAGUAUCUCUGUGGGGCCAGUGAGUGUGUGACAAAAGGAAAGCCUAGAGCAGGAAACGUCUGCCUGAUAGACCAUGCAGACUCUAAUUCCACCAGAUCAAUGGUCUACAGAGAGACGGAAAGCCUAUGAAGGUUAACUCAGAAACAAACUAGGGCUAUGACCCAUCUCCAUCUACUAUGACCUAACUAGAGGACAUGAUACAGUAUGUAUGUCCAGAGCAUCUCUCACAUGGAUAUGAACUUUGGUCCAGAGGUAAGAUCGAAGAAUAUUGUCUCAAUCAAGUAGUUUCCUACAUAUCACAUCUGCACUUUGUAGACAACGACACGCUAAAGAAAAAGUGAGACAUCUUACGAUAUAUGAGGAGAAAGAUGAUUUGUAGUGCAAUGUGACCUUGUAUAUUUUGACUGAUCACAUGCUGGCUUAUGCUGACACAUUCCCUCGGUGUUGAGUAGUGCUGUGUGUGUGUGUGUGUGUGUGUGUGUGUGUGUGUGUGUGUGGUGUGUGCAUGCGAGCAAGUGUGUAAUGGACCAGUAACGGACCAUGAAACUACAGAUUAGUGUGUAUAAAUCUGUUUUACAGAUUUUUUUUUAAAGGGAGUAGGCUAUGCUGCAAACACUUAGUGUUGUUGAAAGCAGCACAAUGACUCUGGUGUCUCAGUAUAGCAUUGUUGCAAGUAUUUACAAUGUGUAUGUUAAUGUAGGUCGUUCAGCAUUCAGUUUGGAAAUGUAACAUUCCUUUGACUUAGUCUUAAAUAUUAUUAUACAGCAUCACUGUAUAAAUGUACUGUAACUAUGAAUCAACUUUACAAAAUAAAUGUUUAU